AUGAUGCGUGACUACAAGCUGAGCUUGUCAAAACAAACUUCUUGUUUAGGUUUUUUUCUUCCUUUUUGCUGCAUUUACACCUGUUGCUUGUUUUGCAGAGAGCUGACCGCAGAGGACCAGAUUGCUCUGUUGAAGUCGAGUGCCAUCGAGAUCAUCAUGCUGCGCUCAAACCAGUCGUUCAGCCUGGAGGACAUGUCCUGGAGCUGCGGGGGACCCGACUUUAAAUACUGCAUCAAUGACGUCACAAAAGCCGGCCACACCCUGGAGCUGCUGGAGCCACUGGUGAAGUUCCAAGUUGGUUUGAAGAAGCUCAACCUGCAUGAGGAGGAGCAUGUGCUGCUCAUGGCCAUCUGCCUGCUGUCUCCAGAUCGACCUGGCGUUCAGGACCACGCUCGCAUAGAGCAGCUGCAAGACCGUCUGUCGGAGGCCUUGCAGGCCUACAUCCGGGUCAACCACCCGGGCGGUCGCCUCCUCUACGCCAAGAUGAUCCAGAAACUGGCCGACCUGCGCAGCCUGAACGAGGAGCACUCCAAGCAGUACCGCUCGCUGUCCUUCCAGCCCGAGCACAGCAUGCAGCUCACCCCGCUGGUGCUGGAGGUGUUCGGGAGCGAGGUGUCGUAGCUGAGGAGGAGGAGAACAAGGAAUCCUUUUUUUUUUCCCCUUCUACACAGACUCAUUAAGCACAGGAUGAUUAACAAAUUCCGCCGCCUUCUCAACUCAAAACGAAGGCUUUCACAACCCCAACACCCGACUCCCCGGACGUUUGGGAGGGAGGCGGAUAAUCACAUCUUCCCCUCUGUCUACACCUCUUUUGUUACUCCUGGCCUGCAAAAACCAAACGUCGGCCAUAACUGGAUCUCUGGAUUCAUAGAAUAGAAAUCUGCUGCUGGAUCACCAGAAUCUCAAACCUUGUUUUCUUUUUGUUUUGUUUUAUUCCCCCACAAAUAUCUCACUCAUUUUCAUCUUUUCCACAACUGUGGAAUCCAAAUGUUCUCCAUCGCCCCCCAUCACUGGAAUCUACUCUUUGUAGCACUUUCUGAAAGUGAAGACAGCUUGAUAGAUGUAAUUUCCCUCUCAUUAUCAUUCUCAUUAUCAUCAUCAUCAUAACUUUCCCCCACGUUCACAUGGCAGCAAAUGCACUCAGAUUUGCCUAUUUUACUCAUUCCUCAACGAUGGACUCUUAUGUAAAUAGCUAUGAACUUUUGUUGGCUUAUAAAUUCUAACAGCAAAAUCAUCCAAAAAAUAUUGAGCGAGCUGACAGGAAGUAGAAACAUUUUUGGGUCAUGACGGGAGCUGAGCGAUCUGUAAAUUCUGCCUUAUGUGAAAGAAGAAAUCUUAAAUAUUCAAAACAUUAUGAAGACAAAUCUUUCUGCAGAAAUCUUUUAGUUUGAGAAUGAUGGUGCACUUUGGGAAGAAAAAAAAACAAGAGGAGUCUGGGUAGUCUGGUAGGAAGGGGGUUUUACAUUUGUAAAAUAAAAAGUAACAAAAGAAGAAUGUAUGUAUAAUUCUGCAUAGUUAAAUAUGAUAAACAUAAGCUGUACAAGUCAAACAUUAUCUAAUGCUCGACUUGUACUGUAUAUAGACAGAAAUACUUCUGAGAGUGUUUAAUUAUAAAAGUAAUAAUAAAGAGUAUGUUAAGGCCUCUCCUCAGAUAUGUGUAUAUGCAACAUGUAUAUGCAACAUGUAAAGAUGCACUGAGACGUGCUAUGAGGAGUCGCUCUAUUUUUGCUAAAAGUGUACAGCGUGCAAGAGUAUCGAUGGACCACAAGGGGGUGUGUGUGCAGGCUCUGACUGAACCGCAACAAACGCUCUUUGUUGUGCUCUCUGAUUCUUUUUUUGGACCUGUGAAGUUUGUAGGCUGACAUACACAAAGAUAAGUUCCUGUUUUGUGGAUGGCUAUUUUUUCAGAAAAAAAAGGAAAAAAAAAAUCUAGUCGUUGGGCUGGUGGGAUUGCUGCUAAAACAGAGCUUAGAUAGUUGGACAGAAACUAGCUGCCAGCUGUUGCCUCAGGGAAAGUUUGUCUGACGAUAAUGUGUAUUCGGGUUUUUACGGCGUGUGUGUGUGUGUUUGGCGUAAGCUUACAAUCAUGAGAGGGAGAUUUCGAGAGUUUUUGAAACUCAAGGCAUCACUGUGAUCUGAAAUCAUACUGAAUAACAGCAAAAGGAAGCUAACAGAUUAAUGUCUGUUCUGGAAGAAAAAACAAACAAAAUUCUCCAUUUGAGAAACAAAAAAUUAUGAAAUUAUUUCACAUGGUCAGAUUGUCUUUAAGAGAAUAUGUGUAAUACAUUUUUAGCUACACAACCAUUCUUAUUAAAUUAGUAGAAGCCUUAAUUUUAUGUUUUUAAGGAUAAAGCAAACAUUCUAGAGCAGUGGUUCUUAAACAUUUUGUAACUGUAAAUAUUUUGCAAUAAGACUGAACAAUGAACAAAAUGUUCACAUGAUGUUAGAGUUCAAAAUGUGGAAAAUCUGCGUUUUCUCACCAGUCAAAUUCCAACAUGACUUCUUUGCAUGUAAUGAUAACUGCAGCAAAAAAUAAUUUUAUUUAAACUUUUAGAGAUUUUUUUUGUUCUACUGAAUCUUUAAUUUGGACAGAAUACUGGACUUCUUUCUUUAGUUGACCUGUUCACAGUUCUUAAACAAGAAGCAGAGAAAUUCAUUAUCGCCUUAUUUUGCUAACAGUAAUUGGUCAUUAUUGGAAUGACUAAACAUGCUAAGCCUGAAUUUAUUUACAGUUAAAGUUAUGGAUAAACUUUUUGCUUUCAAAUUGAUUGUAAAAUGUAUACAAAUUUUCAUAAAUCUAUGUAUUUAGAAUGGAAAUCUGCUAAAUUAACUCAUCUUUUGGCAUAACACCAUCCACUAGAUAGUAGGGGUGGGCGAUAUGGGCUUAAGGUUUCAUCACGAUAUUUUGUGGAGUGAUAAAAAUGAUGAGAACAAUUUAACACUUCAUUUUAAGGUAACUGUAUGGAUGUGAGUGAAUGAUGCAGCAAUCAGCCCCACAAAUAUUGUGCUUGAUAACUGCAUUUAAUCAUAUUUCCAGAUUUACUGAUAUUUAUUGAUAUUCUCAUUGAACAAACAGUGGAGAAAAAUGGUGAAAAUACUCAUCUUGAUAAUAGGAACAGCUAUAGAGAUUAUUAGACAUUAUUAAUUUGAAUUCAUCAAGACAACAUUAAAUCAAAAUCUUAUAAGAGGUUUAUCACAAUUAACAAUAAACGGUAUGACGAAUGUCCACCCUUCUACAUGGCGACAAAGUACCCUCCAAUUGAUUUUUGGGAUCAUUUGUUACAUGUGCAUAAUCAAACAUUAGACAUUUUGUUUCAUAAAUACUACUAAAAAUUCUUAGUUUUGCUAAAGCUAGCCGAGGUGCUAGCACUGGUACUUGCACGAGCGUUUGAGAACCACGGCUCUAGAGGAAUAGCAGACUGUAAUCGCAAAGGGCAGAGACACAAACAUGAGAAGAACUUUUACAUGGAUGGAAAAAGUUCAGCCUCCUACCUUUUUGUUGUCACAUUUAUGUCAUUUCAAUACCAGCUGCAUAAGCAAAGGUAGUUUUUAUCACUACAUAUCAUUGUAUCUGUUGACAUGGCGCAUCCUCAAACCUCAUGCAAGCCUGGAUCACCCCCUUGUGGAAAAAAAAAACUUUGUAAAUACCACUUUCUUAGUCUGUACAUAGAAGCUGAUGUAGGUAAAUUACUAAGAGGAGCAAGUCGUUGACGGGAAGGUGCUUUGGAGAUGCGAGGCUAUAUGCAAUUAUAGAAACUCUUACUGUGUAUUCAACUUUGAGUGGACAGAGCCGCUUAAUAUGACCGACUUAAUGAGUUGUUUAUGUCACAUGUAGUAUUGAAUAUUUUGGAGGGCUAGGAUCAGCUUCCAUCUAAUGCCAAAUAUGAGCUUUUGAUGUAAUCCCUUAAAAAAGGGAUGGAAAUAAAAAAUGAUCUUAAUUUCAAAUGAAUUGAACAUUCUCAUAAUCCUUUAAUUACCCAAAGCGACUCAGUAAGUUCUCAUUAUUAGGCAACUUUUUGUCCAUUCCAAGAAUUCUGGAUGUAUGUCUUUCUUUCCUCUCUGGUUCAAUCAAUAAGCUUUUGAUGAUAUAUAUACAUAAUACUUUCAUUUUGGUAAUUAUUUGAUUUCUUCUGUUUGUCAUGAUUGUUGAUUUGCAUCCUGCUGCAAUGCUUGCGCUUGGCUUUCUGCUCAGGAGCGUUGUUGAAUGAAGUCGGGAUUAGCAGCAUGUGUGGACCUAUGGAGCCUAUCCCAAGUAUUUUAACUCAACAAGGAAAAGCAAAAAUGUUUGCUCAAUCAUACCAUCAUCUGAAAGAACUGCAGUCCACAUACACAUCAUCUUUUUUCAGGAGCUAAUUUCUCAAACCGCCAAGUGAUCAUCAAUAACACUGCCUCAACUGGUUAGGUACGAGACGUAUCUGAUUGCUAGCUAUGCCAUGGCUCUUUGUUCAUCAACCAGCCAUGUUACCAUCUCUUCUUCUUUGUCGUCGUCUUCAACAGCCAGUUACAACAACUCUUCUCUGCAUAGCUUUAAGUUAGCAGCCAACCAAGCUCCGCUCUGGAAAUCCGUGACACACCCAAGACCUGAUGGGGGUCCUGGGAUUCGAAGAAGCGCCAUCAGUUUGGACCUCAACAAGACUGUGUAAAAUUUGUACAAAGGUCAUAUGAGAUCAAGUGUUUUUAAACCGCGAAGACGUAGGGACUCGCCGUUCAAGCAGAGUGCUCAAGAGACUGACCGAAGGACAGAUGUCGCCUCUGCUGUCUUGAGUUGGGACGUUGUCGUGCUUUGUACUCCGUGACUCAAGGUUCUGAUUUUUUUUUUUUUUUUUUUUAACAAAUUGUGGUUUGUUUGGUAAUGAUAGUCGUGUAAAGACUUUUUACAUUCAGCAUCUACAUCACAGAAUGCAGGGCAGGGUGACGGGGGGAAGAAUCUGCAGUUUUAGGGGUACAGUGUGGCACAUCAGUUAUAUCUGGAUCAAAUUUAGAUGUCUACAGUCCUUGGACAAACAUCUUCUUGUAGUUUUCAUACCAUUUUAGCAACUUUUAUAGCGGAUUUGUAGAUCUGAUUUGUCAGCGCCCCCAAAAUAAUUGAAGUCUCUCCCCUCCUGUUGCCCUCGUCCCCCUCGAACCAGGUCAGCAGCUCCACCUCAGUAGCCUUAUUGACAAAGACCUCACUAAGCUGGAAACAUUUAACAGAUACCUCAGUGAUUUACAGUAUAAACUUUUCACAAUAGCCUUUAAAGGGAACCAAACAUAAACUUCUACCACACACUCAGACACACCACAACUCUCUCCUCAGAAACCUUCAUGUUUUCAACCUCAAGUCGACCGCAAACUCUAAAGCAGUUCUUGCAUAACGAGGGACAUCCGGUAGAAUUUGCUAGUCACUAUCUGAGUGGAUCCCAAUGUUUCUAAAUGUUAACUCUGCUUUCCCUCCUCUUUUUCGUUUGUCUCUGUCCGUGUUCUGCUGAGCUUCGGCACUAUGUUUAACCAAAAAUACUACCUCUCCUGUCUGCACAUAUAAAUAUAUAUUUUUGGGGGAGUUGCAGCCUGAUUGUGUAAUAUAGAACACAAGGUUUUAUUUUAACAAUAAUCUAGAGGUUUUUAUGUUUGUAUAGUUACAGUAGAGUUUUUUUUUUUUUUUUUUACCUCAAAUCGCUACAAAUCUUAAACCUGCAGUGCAGAACUUUAUCUCCCCCUUCUGGCUGAUAGAUGAAUUGCAAUGUAGAUAUUUGUGACGAACAGCCACACAAUUUCACUGCUUUCAUUCAUACUAUAACUCAUAAUUUUUAUUGCAAUAGUUUUAGGCUCAGAUCAUUAUAUAUUGGUAUAGAUAUGCAACAGCUGACACUUGCACAUUUAUUUAUUGUGCAUUUAAAAGUUCAAAAAUUUUUAACAUAUCAAAGUGUUGCAUUAUUCCAUAAGAAGUCUUAGACAGUAAAUACUAUUAAUUUUAUUUUUAAUUUUUUGCAUGAUAAAUUAGCUCACAGUGCCGAUUCAACAUUUGCAGGUCCUUGCAUGUUCGUUAUUCCAGCAUUAAUAUCAUUAAAAGGGGGCCGCUCUUGCACCACUUUCUCACUGACUGAAGUGUGUAAAUGCAUGAUGAAACUCCCUGCAUGGUAAUUAAGACUUCAUUCACAUAGCAUCUCAAAGCGCAGGUAAUUGUCGCAUCCUCAUGUGUGACGAGAUGGGAUCUAUUUCGACUGAAAAGCAAAACUCUUGUAGGUAAUUGGACCUGUAGAACAGAAACGGCCCAUGUAUCUUGCUGCACCUGCUUUUAAACAACCAUCGGUUGCCAUAGUAGCGUCAGUGGCUUGGCCUGGAAAAAAAUGCAGAGCAGAACCCUGUAGCAUUCUCUUACAGAACACUGUUAGAAAUGCCUGAGAAAAAUGCAUGUGCCAUGUGUAAAAUGCUUUAAUUUCUGUUGAGCUGUUUAUGAAGUGUUAUUUUUGAACAUAUGCAGCCGCACUUAUUAGCACCCCUGGUAAACGAGGGUAAAAUGAGCUAAAAUAAGUUUCUUUUAACCCUCCCGCAUUCUUAUUGCGAUGCUCAGAAGGAGAGCGGCACAUGUUACGGUCAGACAGUGAGGAAGCAGGAGGGGUUAUCCCAUCAGACCAUCAGUUCCAGAAACCACAACAACAACCAAAAAACUUGUCGCUCGGGGGUUCCGCAUACAGUAAAAAACUUGUGGGGUCCAAUUGACCCCAUCUGUUAAGACUGUGGGAGGAUUUUGUUUAACGCAGAAGCAUUAUCUCACACUGAAGAAGGAAGAAAGUUUAAAAAAUCAAGUAAUUUUAAAAUCCCACAUUAGAAAAAAAUAAGGAAUAAUAAUAAUAGGAAAACAUGUUUAUGCAUAUUUUGCCCCAGGGAAACAGAAAGGCACGAGUUCACAUCUUCUCAAAAAAAGCUAAGUAUUAAUAAACUUUUCCACCUGUGAUUUUGUUCAAAAAAAUAAAUUUCUCCGAUUAAAAAGUUGACCAAUAAAAAAGUUCAGACGGAUUCUGCAGCUGCAAUAAAAGCAGACUACAGGCUUUGGACAUCUGCCAGGGAUGCCACGAAAUACGAUGAGCUCAGUAGAUGAACUAGGUUACAUAUAUAACUACAAGUUAUAUAUGUUUUCUUCAAAAGCUACUAAACUAACAGCUGGAUUGCUGCUGCAUGAAAACCACCUUUGUGCAGCUUGUGCCAAAGCUUUUAGCUCAGCUGAAAUGUUGAGCUGAAAGAACUUGAAGUUUGUUAGUGUCGGAAAAGGAGAGCUGCAGACUUUUCUCUCGCUGAUGCCGCUCAGCCGCCCUGGUUGAGUUUUUAUAACAUUGGGAUCCUGAUUUAGUCGUUCAUCACCAAAAGUAGCGUUUUUUUUUGUUUGUUUUUUUGCUUUGUUUUUGCAGCCAGACACACACACUUUCACAUUUAUACUGCAGCCUAUCACGCUCAGCACUCUGCCUUCUGUCGCUCAUCUCUAACUGAUUCUGAUUGGCUGGUUUAGUUGGUGCUGUGAGUCCGUUUGAAGACAACCAGGCCACUUUGUUGCUUGAAAAGUUUUUUUUUGUUUUUUGUUUUUUUUUCCCUUUUUGUGAAUAAGAUAUAUUUGCCAGCUUCGCUUAAGUCAAAAUUUAGCACUUCAAACUGUGCUGUGAAAAAGGAUCCAACCCUUACAGAUUUCCUUGGUUUUUGCUUGUUUUGUCUCACCUAAAUGUUUAAAGUCAUCAAACAUGUUUUAAAAUCAGACAAAAAUAACCUGUAUAUACGGGUAUAGAGGGUUUUCCUGCAUGAACAACAUGUGUAAGACCACACCACAGGAUUUCAGUCAAAUUUAGGUUCAGACUUUGACUAGGCCACCCAGGUUCUUUAUUUUGGGGUGCACUUUCUGGUGUUGUCCUGCUGUAUAAUUUCAAGAUGUCCUUAAACUUAAAGGACAUGAAUUUGAUAGUUGGACAUCCUCUUUCAGCUGAAUCCAUCUUGUUCCUGAGGAAGCCAAGCAACCCCACACCAUCAUGCUCUCACCACCAUGUAUUAUUCUCAAAUUCUGUAAGUUUUAUAGAUUUGUGCCCACAUUUUCCUAAGCAUUUACUUUUUUCAGACCAAAGGAUAUUUUCCUAAAAGUCUCUUAUUCUUGGCUAAUGUGGGACUAAUAUGUUCCUUUUGAUUAGCCGUGGUUUUGGUGUUGAAAUGUCCCCACGGCGGCCAUCUUUACCUAGUUUCUGUCUUGCUGUUGAAUCAUGACCUUGACCGAGGUCGGUGAGCCCCUGCAGGUGUUGCUCUGGGAAGUUUUGUGACCUUGUGGGUGAGUUGUUGAUGAGUAAUUCUGUUGCUUCCUGGGAAGCCUCACCACUCUUCUAUGUUUUCACUGUUUGUCUGCAGUGAUUCUCAAUGUGGUUCCUGAAAUACCAAAACUUUAGAAAUGGGUUUGUAGACAUUCCCAGACUGAUGGAUGUCUAGAUCUUGCGGCUUGGUUUGUUGCUAUUUGACAUCAUUCAGCCUACUUCAUGUUGUCAGUCAGGUACAAGUUGAAUGAGUUCUUGAUCCUACAGCUAAUCAGAGUUGGAUGCUGAUAAUGAAUCCAAACCUACAGGGUUUGUAUGGGUGCUUCAAAUCCUUGAAAAUGCUUGAACUUCAAUUAGGUGUUUUCAACAUUUGGAAAGUACUUGAUUUUUGUACAAAGUCCUUAAAAGUGCUUCCGCACAGUUUUGAUCUGAGUAGCAACAUUAUUGACACUGGGGGACUUUUUUGUUGAAUUAUUGUUUUGUUCUUAGACCAGUCAGGUGUGUAGGGUGUGUGAAAGAGACAUUUCAAAACAUAAAAUUUAGUUGCAUUUUACCUUACUACUAAUUGAAACUGUCUUGUUUAGUUCAUUUGUAUUAUUUUUAUCUCCAGUGUUUGGUGCUGACAAAGUUUGGAAGUUUGCCUUGAAAAUGCUUCAAGAGGGCUUGAAUUUUGGGAAAAUGUACAAACCAUGAGCCUAGAUUUUGUGGUUAAUCAGGUUAUUCAUUCAUAGGAUAAAUAUUUGUUAAAUUGUUCUUCAUUCAGGACUUGAGUGGUUUGGAUAAGUUUUUACCCUAAUAGGUCAUAGUUUGAACAUUACAUUUCAUAUUUUCUCAGGUUAUCUUUGUCUGAUAUAAAACGGUGAUGUCAUUUUCAAAAUUAAGAAUGUCCUUAAAAUAUUAAUAAUUAGCAGUAUGCAUUUGAUGACUACUUCUUAAGAUUAAAUAAUAUUGAACAUAUUUUAACAUUAACAAAAUAACUGCUUUGAUUUGAUCAUCUGGAGGAUCGCAUUCCAAAACUUAUGACCUCGAUUUUGACAUGUGCCAACAUUUAAGUGUGCCAAAAAGAAGACAUCUUUAAGGGGGAAUGUGCUUUUUUCAUCGCACUGUAGCUUCAAGUGGACCUUUCUCUUUUCAACCUUUUUGAUUCAAAGUGUUUGAACUAAAACUUGUUUGACCUUGAGAAGAGCAGCUGCAUACAAAGUCUGUUUCCUUCCUGUUAGCUGAUUGUUACCUGCUGCUCUGACUGUUUCUCUGCUACCUCUUUAAAUAUGCGCUUGCUUGCUCACACACACACUUUCACACCUGCACUUCAAUACUGACUGAAGCAGACAGUGAACACACACUCAUUCAGACAAACACACACGUGUGCACUUCUCGUUCCCUCACCAGCAGUUUUUUGCCAAUGAUGCACUUGUGUUUUUUUGUCUAGUAAAAUGUUCUGCAAAACAUA